AGACGAGUCGGUCGUGUCUCAAGAGUCAGUGAGCUUCCGAGAGCCCGUGAGACAACAGUCCAGCCAAGGUGGGGAUCAUUCUGUGGAGACUUUCCCAAGUGCCUCAAGUGCCGCCAAGAGAGACAAAAAGUAAUAUUCUAAGCAAUUCUCUUUUCGGUGAAGUGGAUGCUGUGCGAGAUCAAGUGAUCGCGAGGGGUGAAUAGCGAGGUGUGGUGAAGAGGAAACACGGACGGACAAAACGAUCAAUUUGGGAGGAUCACUUGGAUCGGCUUGCCGAGAAGAGAAGCGUGUGGAUUUUUUAUCGAUCGACGCAGACAGCAGAACAGCGCACAUCACAAGAGAGGCCCGCGAUCCGUCCAGCCAAGAGGAUCACUUGCCAUCGUAUAAAAGUGAUUGAGGUGGAGCACGGAGGAUCAGUUGUAUUGUGAGCGAGUGCGAAGAAGGGUGGAUCAAUCAUGAAGUUUCUACUGUGCCUUGUUCUUAUUGGCGUUGCUGUGACCACACUGGUGGAGGCUAAUGAGUCACUGGGAUGCCAGACACUCUGUCCUCUCAGCUAUGCGCCGAUCUGUGCCACGGAUGACUCUGGAAAUACCCAGACAUUUCCCAACGAGUGCGCCCUCAAGACAGAGAACUGUCUCAAGAAGACAAACUUCCAGAAGACCGCCGACGGACCCUGUCCCUAGGCUUGGGCCACAGCCAUCCCGGAGAGCAGCAUUGCGACAAGUGUGAGUGUUUUUUGUGCGUGUCCAGCGCGUGAACAUCUUCCUGAUUCAUCACGGAAACCUUAAACUUUGCCGCAUGCUCGUGUGAUGAGUUUUUCCGGCUGCCUCGAGAAAAAAAGCCCCCCGGACGGACAAGUAAAAAACAAGGAAAAUGCUCGCCUCUAAUGGAGAAUCUCUGAAGAUGUUGAGAAAUAUGUUUUGAAUUUGUUAGAAAUAAUAAGAACGUGAUUUGUAUUCUGAUGUCAUGAUCCAAAUAUACUUAAUGUGAAUAAUCA